CUCGCUCACUCCCCACCCGUAAUAUAGACUACUAGGAGCGAAGUCCAGCACACUCCUAUCCCACAUCCCAAGACAAGAAGCGCCUGGAGCUUGCCAUGGCAGCCAAUCCAGAUCGGGAGGUGUGCCACCGGGCAGGGAGAGGAGGGAAGAUGCUGCUGCCGGUGAUGGCCGUCUUGGCGGCGGUGGUGCUGGCGUCGCUGCCGUCGGCGGCGGUGGCGACCAACUACACGGUGGGCGACGAGAAGGGGUGGAACCCCAAGGUGGACUACACCUCCUGGGUGAAGAAGCACCGCCCCUUCUACACGGGCGACUGGCUCCUGUUCGAGUACCAGAACGGGCGGUCGGACGUGGUGCAGGUGGACGAGGUCGGCUACGACAACUGCGACAAGGAGAGCGCCAUCAGCAGCCACAGCAAGGGGACCAGCUACGCAUUCCAGCUCAAGGAGGCCAAGGACUACUUCUUCAUCUGCAGCUACGGCUACUGCUACUCCGGCAUGAAGCUCGCCGUCACCGCCAAGAAGGGCCCCGCCUCUUCCUCCCCCGACUCCGGCUCGUCCUCCUCCUCCUCCUCGCCGGCCGCCAAGUCAUCCUCCAAAUCCGCCGCCUCCCCCCUCGCCGCCCGCAACGCCGCCCCCCUCGCCGCCGCCGUGGGCGCCGCCGCCAUGCUACUCAGGAUGCUCUGAUCAGUUGAUCUGGCUAGCGAUUCCGUUCUCCGUUAAGUCCAGUUUGGCUCAGAUCUUGUCAGAUUUUCUCUUCUCUGUUAAUUUAUAUCCCCCCCCCCCCCCCCCCCCCCUCCUCCUCGGUUAAGCUUAAACAUUGGUUCUUGUGCGCUUGAUUGUUCCAUUUUCCCUUUUCUUUGUUUUGUCGAUUUGAUUCCGAAUGGUGUCUGGUCGAUGGUUGUAGCCGAGGUGUGAAAGAUUACAAGUGUGAAUUGAACAAGAACUCCCCGGGUGCUCUGGUUGAUGAUU